UGUGCUUGCAAAAGGCAGCACUUCCUCAGUCUCUAACCUUCCCAUGGCGAGUGCAGCAGCUCUGUCUAUCAGCGGAACCUUUCUCUCCCUAUGAGGAAGGGGAUUCUCCCUCCUCCUCCUCCUCCUCAUCCUCUUCUUCCCACCCCCCACUUUAAUCAGAAAUACUGAAUGAAAGCCAAUCAGAGACAGCUCGCCCCCCAGUUUUCGUUGGUUCCCUGCUGUCCAGAGUUAAAAGUGAAGCUGAGAGAAAGCUUGAGUUAGAUUGAAGUAGAAUCAGUGAUAGGAAAUAACAGGCGAAAACAAACAAGAAAGGGGGCAGAGUGACAAUUUCUCCAGGGUUAUUUUGGCUGGAAGCAACUUCCGUCCAGAGCUGGAAAAAAUAUAUACUUAAAUUAAAAAAGCUCUUGGAAACAUGUCUAAAAACAUUACUGCAAUGCUGGAAACCAGUUGAAAAACAGUGAAAUCUGACUCAGUAAGACAGGACUACUUUCUCUUCAUCUACGUGGAGAUUAUCAAGAAGUGAACUAUGAAAAUACAUCAGUUUUUGCUACUGUUUCUACUUUGGGUAUGUCUGCCACAUUUCUGCUCUCCAGAGAUGAUGUUCAGUAGGACUCCAGUACCCCAGCAGAGGAUUUUAGGUGUACGUGUUCCUAGGAAUGAUGGCAAAAUUCUCCAUCGUCAAAAGCGUGGUUGGAUGUGGAAUCAGUUUUUCUUACUAGAGGAAUAUACAGGAUCUGAUUAUCAAUAUGUCGGCAAGCUUCACUCAGACCAAGAUAAAGGAGAUGGAUCGCUGAAAUACAUUUUAUCUGGAGAUGGAGCUGGUACACUUUUCAUUAUUGAUGAAAAAACAGGUGACAUUCAUGCCACGAGGAGAAUUGAUAGGGAAGAAAAGGCCUUUUAUACUCUACGUGCACAAGCUAUUAACAGAAGAACUUUGAGACCAGUAGAACCAGAGUCUGAGUUUGUGAUCAAAAUCCAUGAUAUCAAUGACAAUGAACCAACAUUCCCAGAAGAAAUUUAUACGGCUAGUGUUCCUGAAAUGUCUGUCGUAGGUACUUCUGUGGUGCAAGUCACAGCUACAGAUGCCGAUGAUCCUUCCUAUGGGAACAGUGCCAGAAUCAUUUACAGCAUACUUCAAGGACAGCCAUAUUUCUCUGUGGAGCCAGAAACAGGCAUCAUCAGAACUGCUUUACCAAACAUGAACAGAGAAAACAGGGAGCAAUAUCAGGUGGUAAUCCAGGCCAAAGAUAUGGGUGGCCAGAUGGGAGGCUUAUCUGGGACCACCACCGUGAAUAUCACGCUGACAGAUGUCAAUGACAAUCCACCUCGCUUCCCCCAGAACACUAUUCAUCUUCGUGUUCUUGAAUCCUCCCCUGUUGGAACAUCCAUUGGCAGUGUAAAAGCAACUGAUGCUGACACAGGGAGAAAUGCUGAAGUCGAAUACCGAAUCAUUGAUGGUGAUGGAACUGAUAUGUUUGACAUCUUAACAGAGAAGGGCACACAAGAAGGCAUCAUAACUGUGAAAAAGCCAAUUGACUAUGAGAGCCGAAGACUUUACACUCUGAAGGUUGAAGCAGAAAAUACCCAUGUAGAUCCACGUUUUUAUUACCUGGGACCAUUUAAAGAUACAACAAUUGUGAAAAUUUCCAUAGAAGAUGUGGAUGAACCGCCAGUUUUUAGCAGAUCCUCCUACCUCUUUGAGGUUCAUGAAGAUAUUGAAGUAGGCACAAUCAUUGGCACUGUAAUGGCAAGGGACCCUGAUUCUGCUUCAAGCCCCAUUAGAUUCUCCUUGGAUCGUCAUACUGACUUGGACAGGAUCUUUAACAUACAUUCUGGAAAUGGAUCUCUCUAUAUAUCAAAGCCACUUGACCGUGAACUAUCUCAAUGGCACAAUCUUACUGUGAUAGCUGCUGAAAUCAAUAAUCCCAAAGAGAUGACUCGAGUAGCUGUUUAUGUUAGAAUUUUAGAUGUUAAUGACAAUGCCCCACAAUUUGCUGUGUUCUAUGACACUUUUGUGUGUGAAAAUGCCAGACCUGGACAGCUAAUACAGACAAUAAGUGCAGUAGACAAAGACGAUCCUUUAGGUGGACAGAAAUUUUUCUUCAGUUUAGCUGCUGUCAACCCAAACUUCACAGUACAAGAUAAUGAAGAUAAUACUGCACGAAUUCUUACCAGAAAAAACGGCUUCAACAGACAUGAAAUAAGCACCUAUCUCUUGCCUGUGGUGAUAUCAGACAACGACUACCCGAUUCAGAGCAGCACAGGCACGCUGACCAUCCGCGUGUGUGCUUGUGACAGCCAGGGCAACAUGCAAUCUUGCAGCGCAGAAGCCCUGCUUCUCCCUGCUGGCCUCAGCACCGGGGCCCUGAUCGCAAUACUUCUCUGCAUCAUUAUUCUAUUGGUGAUAGUAGUGCUAUUUGCAGCUCUGAAAAGACAACGGAAAAAAGAGCCUCUGAUCUUGUCUAAGGAAGAUAUCAGAGACAACAUCGUGAGCUAUAAUGACGAGGGUGGCGGCGAGGAAGACACCCAGGCCUUUGACAUUGGCACCCUGAGGAACCCUGCAGCCAUCGAGGAGAAAAAGCUCAGGCGGGAUAUUAUGCCGGAAACCUUAUUUAUCCCCCGGAGGACGCCUACAGCCCCCGAUAACACUGAUGUCCGGGAUUUCAUUAAUGAAAGGCUAAAGGAGCAUGACCUGGAUCCCACCGCACCUCCCUAUGACUCCCUGGCCACCUAUGCCUACGAGGGGAAUGACUCCAUCGCGGAAUCUCUGAGUUCCUUAGAAUCAGGGACCACCGAAGGAGACCAAAAUUACGAUUACCUCCGAGAGUGGGGCCCUCGGUUCAAUAAGUUGGCAGAGAUGUACGGGGGCGGGGAGAGUGACAAAGACUCUUAACCUCGUUCUGGCCUCCAGCAAGAGGAAAUAUCUUUCCCCACACCACCUCCACUUCACAAUAUUUGAACCCAGGAUGAUGCUCCUGCCACUCAGCACAAUUUUUUUUUCCCCACUGCCUUUUUAGUUUGUUCAUUAAUUACAUUAAUUCUUUCCUGUAGGAUGUCUCAUGGAAUAUAUACGACGUUUUAUUUAAUCACUUCCAAGAGCCAAAGCUAUGGAAAUUCAGUGUUGACCAUUUUAGGAAAUAAAAGAUAAUUUCAGAAACAUGAACAGGAGAUUCUGCCCCUUACGCAACCUCACCAACAAGCAGCUUCUGUUAGAUACAUGCCCUGUCCUUGCAAAUGAAGCUUUUCAAACAAACUAAAAACGGUGAAAACAACAUUUAAAGUGUAUCCUGUUCUGUACAUUAAAUUAAAAUUAAAAAUAAUUUACAUGUGGUGUUAGUAGGUGUGAUAUGCAACCUGGUAUACAAACGUUUGUGCAAUUUCAUUUCAGCAAAUUCUAUCUGCUAAUGUUUUAUAUUUAUAUUUUUGUAUUUAUUUUUAAAAAAAUAAACCGGUUUUUACAACUA